UGCCGCCCCAGAUAAGAUUUCAAAUGGAAAAAACUUCCAAAAGCAAUAUUAGCUGGCCGCCUUUAGAAACCCUUAGUACCGAUUCGAAAGCCGAGCAGAAUGUCUGUCCACACCUGGUUACACUACAGCCACGGCGCCUUGCCCCAAGACGCCGUCGUCGCUGGCCACGAUGCCGAUGGCGACACCAUCUUCAUUGGCCGUGCAUUCCAGAACAACGAUUUGCUGCCGGCGAAGGUCAUACCGAACAAGGGCAAGGCCUACGUGGCCUAUGGCGGCAACGAGAUCGAGCUGGAGAACUACGAGGUGCUGAGCGGACACAACUACAUAUGGCUGCCAGGCGCAAAUGGCGAGGUGCCGAUCGGGGCCGUUGAGGUGGGUCACACCACCGAUGGCGAGACGCUGUACGCGGGACGCGGCUACCAUGCCGGCAGCCUGACCGUGGGCAAGGUGCACCCCUCGCAUGGCUGCCUCUACAUACCCUUCGGCUCCGAGGAGGUCAAGAUAUUCGAGUACGAGGUGCUGUCCCGGAACGCGCGUUAAGCGCCCGUUAACAUAUGUAGAUCCAUAUUUUGUGCAAUAAACUAAAGCUUUUGUAGAAACUAA